CCAGCCCCACGGCAGGGACCUCGCAGCACACACAGCCUCCUCCCGCCUGGGACGGCAGUGCCAUGGGCUUCGGGCCGGAGCUGUGGUGCCCGCAGGGGCACAGCGCGCUGCUGCGGCUGCAGGACGGCGAGCUGCGCCCCCUGGAGCUGAUGAAGAAGUGGAUGUCGCAGCGUGCCAAGAGCGACCGGGAGUACGCGGGGAUGCUGCACCACAUGUUCUCCCAGCUGGAGAAGCAGGAGGCCGUGCAGGCGGCCACGCUCCACCACCACCACCACUACCAGCGGGUGCUGCCCAGCCUCCACCAGUCCCUCUACAGCCUGCAGCAGGAGAUGGUCCUUGUCCUGAAGGAGAUCCUUGGGGAGUACUACAGAAUCAGCAGCCUGGUGCAGGAGGAUGUGCUGGCCGUGCACCAGGAAAUUGCCAGUGCCAUCCAGGCCAUCGACCCAGCCACCGAGUACAGUGGCUUCAUCCAGAGCCACAGGUAUGGCCCCGCGCGGCUGCAGCCCCUCUGCCGGGCAUGGCCCUGUUGGUCGCGGGUGCCAGCGGCUGGCACGGGGCAGCUGCCGCCCCCCGUGCCCCUGAUCCCAGAGGUGCAGAAGCCGCUGUGCCAGCAGGUCUGGUACCACGGGGCCAUCCCACGCUCGGAGGUGCAGGAGCUGCUGAGCGGCAGCGGGGACUUCCUGGUGCGGGAGAGCCAGGGCAAGCAGGAGUACGUGCUCAGCGUGCUGUGGGACGGGCAGCCCCGGCACUUCAUCAUCCAGGCUGCCGAUAACAUGUACCGGCUGGAGAGGGAAGGCUUCCCCACCAUCCCACUGCUCAUCGAGCACCUCCUGCAGAGCCAGCAGCCCAUCANNNGGCAGGCUGGGGUACAGCUCACCGCCUUUGGUGUCUGCUCACUGCAGGACAAAUGGGUGCUCAACCAUGAGGACGUGCUGCUGGGGGAGUGCAUCGGCCGGGGUAACUUUGGGGAGGUGUUCAGCGGCCGCCUGCGUGCUGACAACACCCUGGCUGUAACCUGCCGGGAAACCCUCCCACCCGAUCUCAAGGCCAAGUUCCUGCAGGAAGCCAGGAUCCUGAAGCAGUACAACCACCCGAACAUCGUCCGGCUCAUUGGAGUCUGCACCCAGAAGCAGCCCAUUUACAUUGUCAUGGAGCUUGUGCAAGGGGGGGACUUCCUGAGCUUCCUGCGCAGCGAGGGGCCCCACCUGCGGGUGAAGGAGCUGAUCAAGAUGACAGAGAAUGCUGCCGCCGGCAUGGAGUACCUGGAGAGCAAGCAUUGCAUCCAUAGGGACCUGGCUGCUCGCAACUGCCUGGUGACAGAGAAGAACACCCUGAAGAUCAGUGACUUCGGGAUGUCACGGGAGGAGGAAGAUGGCAUCUACGCCUCCACAGGGGGGAUGAAGCAGAUCCCUGUCAAGUGGACCGCCCCCGAAGCACUCAAUUAUGGCCGAUACAGCUCCGAGAGCGAUGUCUGGAGCUUCGGGAUCCUGCUGUGGGAAGCCUUCAGCCUGGGUGCCGUCCCCUAUGCCAACCUCAGCAACCAGCAGACGCGAGAGGCGGUGGAGCAGGGUGAGGCGCGGGGCCGAGGGCAGUACCCCGCCGGCCCCACUCAGGACAGCACCGUGUGCCCCGGAUCCAUCCCGCUGGCAGCAUCCAUCCCUCGGGCAGGGCCUGCCUGGGAAGUGGGUGCCGCGGGGCGGCCAGACGGGGCUGCGCCCGCUCCGCAGCCCAGGGCAGGGGGCUCCCACGUGCCUCAGGGACAUGGCACCCACAGCUCCUGCUGGGCUUGA